AUGGAAUUUUCUUGGGAGGACAGAAGCCCCCCUUUCCACUAUAUGGUGCAAGCCUCCGGACAGGGUGAAGUGUGGAAAGGAGAAGACUCCAAAUUUCAGCAGUACGGCUGGCGCGGCUCCACCAGCGAAGAUUCCUUCUCAACAGGCACUCUCGUCGGCAACUGGUCAGAAGAGCGCUCCGACGUCUGCCAUGUAUCUAAACGUCGCCCCCUACCGUCUCAGUUCUCCCACUAUUUUGAAACAACAUAUUCUUCUUCCUACAAAAAAGAUGAUAAGCAGCCCUUUCACACCACUGGCUUGAAGAGAGAAGCUCGCUCUUUCCCUGGACACCAGCCUGAGCUGGACCCCCUGCACACCCGAGGUGUUCCCAGCUCCAUCUACAGGGUGGACUUCAAAGAUCACAUGACAUCGAAGGGCCAGGAAGAGCCUUGA